UCCAGCUUUACAAAUAUGAUAAGGCCAAAGUUGCAAGAACUCUCCCAGCGCUGUGAAGUCACAAUGGAGGAGACGUUGCAACAAGGGAAAAAAGACAUGGAAUAUGAAAAUCCAAACGAUGACCAAGGUGGGAUCCGUCGCAGACUGAGGGACCGGAAUCUGCUCAGGAAGAGAAAGGCUGAAGCUGAGGAAAAGGAAACUAACCAGUGGGUUUUUGGGGUGGAGAGCCAGAGGAAAAGAUCAAGGGCUGACGAGGAGGGUGGCACAAAGAAAAGAGGGAGGCCUCGGAAAAAUGAAGCCCUGGCGGAGGUGUCUGUCAUUCAGGCAGAGGCAGCAGACGUACAGGAGGCUCCCGCGGUCAUGGUGGUGCCUGAACCUGUAGCGGUCACUCCAGCCCAAACAUCAGGCCCUUCUCAACCAGCACUUGUCCUUACUUCACCUGCUCCAGUGCCAGUGCUUGGACGAGUCCAAAGCCUUGUGAUUGCUCCUACUACUUCUCCAAAUCCACUUCCAUCUGUGGUUUUACCUUCAAUUCCUGCUUCAUCUCCUGCAAAAAGUGUAGACACAGCUCUAGGUUCAGCAGCAGAUGCUGGUCCAGCUGCAGCUCCUGCUCCUCCACUGGUGGAGACUCUCUACACAGAGUCUCAGGGCAAGGAGAGCCUUGAGCAAGUCCUAGUUGAGGACUUGGGCCCAGAUGAGGAGGAAGACUCUCCAUCACAAGACAAAGGAGCUGAUAAAGAUUUGGGCGAGACACCACUCAUCAGCUUACCUGAAAAAAGCCAAAUCUUUUCAGUUCCAGGUUUGUCCUCUCCGCCUCCAUCACAAGGAUAUCUCCCAGGAAAUUAAUGCCAAUGUUUCUCUUCCUCACAAACUGCUCUGUAUCCAUUCUGUCCUAGUUUGUACCUGAUUUGGUGUUUGGUUAAUGCAUGAAUUCAAACCAAACCUUUAAGCUUAUUUAUUCUUGGUUUGUGUGUCUCUACGAAGUUAAUAAAAUCUAUUUUGUACUUUCCAUUUAGCUGAAAAAAGAAGCUUAAGUUUAUUUAAAAGUAAAUAUAUAAAUCAUGGAUAAUGUUUUUUUUUUUAAAUUAUGGCUGUAUCUGAUCAAAUUUUGUAAAAAGUUGUUUUUCAUCGAAUAAAAUACACAGCUUACACUUUU